AUGUUGUCUCCACAUAAUGAAUUAGCAGUAAUAGGAGUUACACCAUCUGAAAUAAAAUUCAUAUAUCCAAACCAUUCGGAACCUCUAGCUGGUGCAUCUUCUAAUGAUGGACAAAAUGAUGCUCUUAGCUGCAUGAAUAAUACUGUCAGGCAACUUUCAUUAAAACUUGUAACAUCUUGCUCUUCUACAAGUACACAAAUAGUUCUGGCUGGUGCUAUAAUAAAAGCAUUGUGUUAUUACCUUCGGCGCUGUCGUGAAUUGCAACCUUCUACAAGACAUUUAGAUGAUUCUUCUGAAACAAAUAUGGAGUUUAGUGAAGGAAAUGAAAAGAUUUCAUCUCGGAUAUUAAUCAUUAAGGUGUCUGAUGACAAUUCCUCUCAAUACUUAGCAUUAAUGAAUUCGGUGUUCACAGCUCAAAAGCUUCAUGUUCCGAUAGAUACAUGUGUGUUACCAUUACCACAACAGUCAGAUAAUUUAAGCAGUAAACGUGUAUUAAACUCUUUGGGACAUUCAAGUCUUCUGCAACAAGCUGCAGAUUUAACUGGUGGAAUUUACUUGCAAAUACCAAGAGUUUCUGGAUUAUUACAAUAUUUACUAUCUGUAUUCUUACCAUCGUCUAAAUUAAGAACAUCUCUUUUACUUCCAGAUAGUCGAUCUAGUGGUUUGUCGUUUGGUGUUGACUUUCGAGCUGCAUGUUUCUGUCAUAAACGAUUAAUUGAUAUUGGUUAUGUUUGUUCUAUAUGUCUAUCUGUAUUUUGUGAGUUUAAUCCAAUAUGCCCUACUUGUAAUACUCCUUUUGUAUUACCCACUGUACAAAAUAUGUAA